AUGGCUGUCAUCCAAAGAGUCGCUAUUUUCGCAGCCCUACGACGUGCGGGCUUCACAGUAACGAUCAUCACCCGGACCGAAUCGAAGGCGACGUUCCCUUCCGACCUUCCAGUUAUCAGAACGACUUACUCCCUGGAGAACCUCACAUCAGCCCUAGCGGGACAGGAUGCAGCCGUCUGCGUGGUGGGUCCCGGCGGUAUCGGGGCACAAGUCACCAUGAUCGACGCCGCCGAGGCUGCGGGCGUGAAGCGCUUCAUCCUGGAUGAUUUUGGCUGGGGUGACAAUCCCAAGUCUUUGCCCGAGUUCAACGACAUUCAUGCGCAUCGUCGUGCGGGAUGGGAUCACGCAAAGGCGAAGGCAGAGAGCAAUCCCAGUUUUACAUACACGGGAAUCAGCACUGGGAAUCCAAUUGACUGGGCAUUGAAACGCUUCCCCCCGAUGGGCUUCGAUGUAGCGCACUUCUCGGCCAUCAUCUAUGACUCUGGCACCGAACGGUUCACCGGAACCACCCUCGAGGGUAUCGGACAGUCGGUGGUCGGCAUCUUGCAGCAUACGGACGAGACAUCCAACCGCUUUGUCAAGGUGCAGUCCAUCAUAACCUGUCAAAACGAGCUGUUGGAAGCCUUCCAGUCUGUGACGGGGAAACAGUGGGAAGUAAAACGAGGGUCCACCCACACACUCAUGGAGAACGGGAAACGCAAAUUCCAGGAGGGUGCUAGUGGCUGGAUUCUGGACUUGGCGGUGGCACAAUUAUUCGACGAAGGCCAAUCUCGUUGUCUUCUCGCUCAGUCGCGAGAGGAAUCAGAUGCGGAUUUACUGGGAAUUGUACAGGAGAGUCCGGAGCAAGUCGCGGCCAAGGCUCUGGCUUAG